CCCCCCUCUCUGUUUAUACUAGUUUUCACCCAUCAUUAACACAGUAUGACAUCAUCACCUGAUUGCUACCGAAACAGAAAUAUCUGCUAUUAUUAUUCCUAGUUGCAAUGGGUUGCGUUUGUGGCACGUUUUCUCCCCCUCGAGAAGAGAGGCCAAGACCGCAAGUGAAGAGAGUUGCGAGCAACAAAAGUUCGAGGACUACACGUUCCUCUAAGCAUGUGGGAGAGGGGGUGAAUUCGAAGAAGGAGAAGACUCAGAGACAGAGAGUGAGUGUGAAUGUUAAUGAUGGUGGUGUUGCAGAAGGAGAAAAGGCAAAACCAAUUGCUAAAGAAAAUAAGAGUUAUAAAGAUCGGGAUGCUAGGGAGGAGAAGAUGGCCAGAUAUGAAUUCGUGGAAGGGUGGCCAAAGUGGUUGCUCGAUAAUAUCCCUGCAAAUGUUUUGGCUAAUAUUGUUCCCAAGAGUGCUGAUUCCUAUGAAAAACUUGCCAAGAUAGGACGUGGAACAUAUAGCAACGUGUACAAAGCUAGAGAAAAGGGCACAAGAAAGAUUGUUGCUUUGAAGAAGGUAAGGUUUGACACGUCGGAUUCUGAAAGCAUCAAGUUUAUGGCAAGAGAGAUCAUGAUGCUGCAGAUGCUGGAUCAUCCCAAUGUGAUCAAACUUAAAGGACUAGCAACAUCAAGGAUGCAAUACAGUCUUUAUCUAGUUUUUGACUUCAUGCAGUCUGAUCUCACCCGCAUUAUCUCGCGACCCGGGGAGAAACUCACCGAAGCACAGAUCAAGUGCUAUAUGCAGCAGCUACUUUCUGGCCUGCAGCACUGUCAUGAGAAGGGAAUAAUGCACCGAGAUAUUAAGGCUUCUAACUUGUUAAUAGACAGAAAUGGGGUGCUGAAAAUUGCAGAUUUUGGGCUUGCAACUUCCAUUGAAGCUGAAGGGCCUCUAACAAAUAGAGUGGUGACACUUUGGUAUAGGGCACCAGAACUUCUUUUGGGUUCAACCGAUUAUGGAUAUAGCAUUGAUCUCUGGAGUGCAGGGUGCUUGUUGGCUGAGAUGUUUGUUGGAAGACCAAUUAUGCCUGGCAGGACAGAGGUUGAACAGAUUCACAUGAUAUUCAAACUGUGUGGUUCUCCUUCACCGGAUUAUUUUAAAAAACUGAAGCUAACAACAAGCUACCGGCCUACACAACAUUACAAACCUAGUUUCCAUGAAAACUUCCAGAAGUUUCCUUCCUCUUCCCUGGGUCUCUUGGCUACAUUUCUUGAUCUCAACCCUGCCCAUCGUGGUAAUGCUGCCUCUGCUCUCCAAAGUGAUUUCUUCAAAUGUAGUCCAUUAGCAUGUGACCCUUCAGCUUUGCCAGUAAUCCCCAAAGACGAGGAUGAACGCUUACAAACUAAGAGAGGCAAAAGGCAAAGGGUUUCUAAAAGAGAGCAAUCAUCUCAAACAAGUAGAAGUGAUGCUAGUCAGUCAGAAAAGAACCAAAUUGCUGAACAACCCCGUGAAGACACAGAAUCGUCAAAAGAGAAUAAUAUGGAACAACACAAGCAGGGUCAAGAAACGGGGCAUAGUGCCAGCAGCACAUCAUCCGGUUCAAGACUCUUCAUGAUGACCGAAGGGAGCAUGAAUGCAUCUAUGUCCCCAGUUUUUCUCUCUAGUGGUAGUGUCAGAAAAUCCCCCAAAACUGAGGGCCACCCUAAUGCUCUUAAGAACAUAAUGAACUAUAGUGCUCUCUUACAACAGGCCUCUAUAAUUGAUAUGAUCAACCGCAAUGAAGGCAAAGAAUUCCCUCAGCUUCGUAAAUCCUUCUCCGCGUUGGAUUUUCGACUUGAUUCUGACAAGCUAUUAUCAAAUCUCUAUGCCUUACAUAAUAAACAUAUUUAAUUUUGAUCAAUUUUAAACAUGACUUUUUUUCCAUUAUCCUUUAAUUAUGAUCCUCACAUCAUUAAAAGAGUUUGACUAGUCGAAAUCUUUUAAUUAAUGUGAUGUGAGAUGAUUAAAUGUUAAUGUAAAAAACAUUAGAAUUUGGAUCAAAAUUAAACUCUAAAUAAUAAGCUGGGCCGUGGAACUUGAUUAUCUGCUUAGGGUGAUUUGAGUGCUUCUAGCGUUUAUAUUUAUUUGAGUUGCACUUUCUUGUCUAAAGUUGUGGUAAAUAAACGAGUCCCUAUUCUGGACACGUUGCGACUUAGCAGUUCUACAGAAAUAAUUUUCUAGAGUGAAAUAAAUAGUAUAGGAUAUCCGUUCUGAGACAUGCUAAAAUUAAAAGAUACUGUGAUUGUAUUUUCGUUUGCAUCCAAUGUAUGGAAAUCUUUUCUUUAUCGUGAA